AUGACUGAGAUUAGGCUUGUCGUUUGUGAAAAAGAUUGUAAUAAAACAUCAGAAAGUAGAUUGAUAAAAGGCAUUUCUGCUAUUUUGGAAUAGUUAAUUGAAGAAAGUGAGGUUUUAGAAGUUUAAGAGUCUUUGUUUCAUUCUUAAAAAAUUCCAAACAUUACUUUAGAAAAUUAUUUGAUUAGAAUUAUGAGAUAUACUAAAUGUAGUUAGGGAUGUCUUAUAAUUGGUUUAAUUUAUUUAGAUAGAAUUUAAGAGCUAAAUUAAGAAUUAUAAUUAAACAACUAAAGUGCACAUAGGUAUUUAUAAUAUUUAAACAUAGAUUUUUAAUUAUUGCUAUAGUUUUAGCAAUAAAAUAUUAGGAUGAUGAUAUAUAUAAGAAUGAUUAUUAUGCUAAAGUUGGAGGGAUUACUAUGUAGGAAUUAAAUGAUAUGGAAAGGGAAUUUUUAGAAUUAUUGGAUUAUUAAUUAUUUGUAUAAUAGGAUCUCUACUACUUUUAUUUAAAAAAAAUAAAAUAAUUUUCUAGAAAAUGA